AUGACCCCAGAAGUGCCCCCGCAGCAAGGGGGUGUCUGGGACAUGCAGUCGGGAAUAUCGGCAAGGGGAAAAUCACCGGGCUUCAACAAGAGAAGUCCCAGGGUCUUCGUGCGCGCAAGCGAUCAAAUUCUGGACACGCCGAUUGGUGCCUCCUUGCAACUUCCCCGUGUCCUGGAGACCCACUAUCGAGACAACAUCUCGACUAACCGUACGGAGUACUGGGUAAAAUGUUCCUUCGGCGCCAUGCGCUUGCCUCCCGCGCCGGGGAACUCGUCAAACUCCACUAACUGUAGCAGCGGGUUCGAUCAAUGA